CCGCGGGCCAGGCGGAUCUCUCCGUGGGUCUCAAGUUUACGAUUGUUAGAGGUGGUGGCUUGGUCCCCUCCUUCCCAUGGAGGACAGAUGCUCAGUGGUUGAAGAGGACCAGAGAGGCCCGUCUGGGAGCACCCCCUUGACAGUGCCAGUGGAGCGCCCAGCUUCACAGACCAUCUCCAAGUCCAGCAAGUCAUUAUCCGCUGCCCGCAGACACCUGAGCAGAAAGAAUGGGCUUUCUAAGCUCUGCCAGAGCAGGAUGGCGCUCUCCGAAGACAAAUGGAGCUCCUACUGUCUGUCAUCACUGGCUGCCCAAAAUAUUUGCACCAGCAAAUUGUACUGCCCUGCUGCCCUGGAGCACGCUGGGUCCCAGGCCAGCGUGUCCUGUUGUUCCCUGCUGCAGGGGCUGUCUGCAGGGUGGUCUGCCCCUCUGCUCCCGGCUCCUGUGUGCAACCCCAACAAAGCCGUCUUCACCGUGGAUGCCAAGACCACAGAGAUCCUGGUUGCCAACGACAAAGCUUGCAGGCUCCUGGGCUGCAGCAGCCACAGCCUGGUCGGUCAGAAGCUCGCACAGUUCUUCCUGAAGUCAGACUCGGCUGUCCUCGAGGCCCUCAGUGAGGAGCACGUGGGUGCCGACGGCCAUGCUGCAGUGGUGUUUGGCACAGUGGUGGACAUCGUCAGCCGCAGUGGGGAGAAGGUGCCAGUGUCAGUGUGGAUGAAGAGGCUGCAGCAGGAGCGCAGCCUGUGCUGUGUGGUGGUCCUGGAGCCUGUGGAGAGGGUCUCUGCCUCGGUGGAUUUCCAGAGUGAUGGGACCAUCACUUCCUGUGACCAUCUCUUUGCUCAUCUCCAUGGCUACGCUAGUGGGGAAGAUGUGGUGGGGCAGCGCGUCACAGACCUCAUCCCCUCUGUGCAGCUGCCUCCUCCUGGCCAACAUGUCCCAAAGAACCUCAAAAUUCAGCGGUCUGUCGGAAGAGCUAGGGACGGCACCACCUUCCCUCUGAGUUUAAAACUGAAAUCUAAAUCCAGCAGCGAGGAGACGGAUGCCAGUGAGGUGGUUCCCCAAUGGAGCUACUCAGCAUCUGUGUGGGUCUUCUGCACCAUCAGUGGCCUCAUCACCCUCCUGCCGGACGGGACCAUAUAUGGCAUCAACCACAGCUUUGCGCUAACACUGUUCGGUUACGGGAAGACUGAGCUGCUGGGCAAGAAUAUCACUUUCCUGAUUCCUGGUUUCUACCACUACAUGGACCUUGCCUAUGACAGUUCUUUACAACUGCCAGACCUGGCCAGCUGCCCGGACGUCAGCAAUGAGAAGGGCUCUGGGGAGAUGCCCACAGACUCUUGGCAGGGCUGGGGUCUGGCUGGUGAGGUCCAGGACCCAGAGGGUAGCGUCAUGCUUACUAGUGACCACGUUCUGCCUCAAGAUGAGACCCUGAAGCUGGCAGGAAGCCGAGACAUCCUCACUGGGACCCAGACCCAGAGACAGCCAGGAUCUGGAGGCCCCUGGUCCCAGCCCCCACCUGGGGUGGAUGCUGUUUCAGAAGGAAGCCCGCCAGCUCACAGUGUGCAGCUGCCCCCUGAGCCCCAGCGAGUCACAGCCUUGGGGAAAGAGGAGCCUGGAGCAACAGAGAGCCCAAAGCAGGGUCUUCUGGAAGAAAGUGGGUCUGAACCAGUGCACACACAGUCACCGGCUUCUGGGGAAGCCUCGGAAACUCCUGUCCCAGCUGAGGACUGGAAGAGUGAUGCAGGAGUGUGUGACCCACGCCAGGAGUCCUGGCUGGAACUGGCGGGACUUAGUGGUCCUAGUGGUAUAAACUCUUGGGCCAGUGCCACAGCUGAGCACCGGGCCAUGGGUCAGCCGGCAGGGGGCGGCCUCCUGAUGCACUGCCCCAGAUAUGGGGGUGAGUGGGGCCUGCGGCCAAAGAGCCAGGACUUGACUCCCAGCCCCUCUGGGGUAGCAUGUGUCUCCUUUGGGACACCUACUCUGGAUGAGCCAUGGCUGGGCAUGAAAGAUGACCGAGAAGAGCUGCAGACCUGCCUGAUUAAGGAACAGCUGUCCAGUCUGAGCUUUGCGGGAGCCCCAGGCAUCACCUGCAUAGAGCUUGUCCCAGCAGAGCACACCCCCUUCCCGGCCUCCAUGUCCUCCUGUGAUGUGGGAGGCAGAGACCUGCAUGGCAGCCGCCCAGGUAGCUCCUCAGCCUGCUACGCCUUGGCUACAGACCUUCCUGGGGCCCUGCGAGCAGUGGAGUCCCAGGAGGCCGACAUGAACUCGUUUUCCUGGAACCUCAAGGAGCUCUUUUUCAGCCACCAGACAGAUCAGACUUCAUCGAGCUGUUCCUAUGCUACAUCUGAGCUUAUAGGGACACCAUCUCCGUCAGUUGUGGGCUCUGAUUUAGAUGUGAGCAGUCUCCUUGGGCAGAGCUCAGGUGUUUCAGAUGACAGAGAGCUGUUACUGCUGACUGGCACCCGCUUUGAUUUGGGUGAAGGGCAGCGGUUCCGGGAGAGCUGCCUGGGAUGUGAUCAGGCAGAACCAUCUGAGGUUUCUUUGGUGUCCUUGGAGCAUUUUGAAGUAAGUGACUGCGAAAACCCAGCCUGCACCCUGCACACGGCAGACACUGGCCCCAAGGAUGCACCCUGUUCAGCAGAGGAGCCAAGGCUGAAUGUACAGGUCACCUCCACGCCUGUGACCCCCGGGGCUGCCACCCUACAGAGGGAGAUCCGGGAGGGCAGCUACUCAGGAAGCUGCUGCCACCGUGACGGCCUGCAGCUGAGUGUGCAGUUUGAGGUAAAGCGGGUAGAGCUCCAAGGCCCUGCACCCCUGUUCUGCUGCUGGCUGGUAAAGGACCUCCUGCAGAGCCACCGGGACUCAGCCACCAGGACCCGCCUGCUGCUGGCCAGCCUGCCCAGCUCUGCCCACUCCAUAUCCGAGCUGCCUGGACCCAGCCCAGGGGAGCUGCUCAGAGCCAAGCCCUGGUUUGAAGAAGCCCCCCGGGCUGUGGAGCUGGAGGGGGUGGCAGCCUGCGAGGGUGAAUUUUCCUGCAAGUACAGUGCCCUGAGCCCACUGGGCAGUGGGGCCUUUGGCUUUGUGUGGACUGCGGUGGACAAGGAAGAGAACAAGCAGGUGGUGGUGAAGUUUAUUAAGAAGGAGAAGGUUUUGGAGGACUGUUGGAUUGAGGACCCCAAACUUGGGAAAGUCACUUUAGAGAUUGCAAUUCUUUCCAGAGUGGAGCAUGCCAACAUCAUUAAGGUUUUGGAUGUAUUUGAGAACCAAGGGUUCUUCCAGCUGGUGAUGGAGAAGCAUGGCUCUGGCCUGGACCUCUUCGCCUUCAUCGAUCGCCACCCCAGGCUGGAUGAGCCCCUGGCAAGCUACAUCUUCCGACAACUGGUGUCAGCGGUGGGGUACCUGCGCUCAAGGAACAUCCUUCACCGUGACAUCAAGGAUGAGAACAUCGUCAUCGCUGAGGACUUCACCAUUAAGCUCAUAGACUUUGGUUCAGCUGCCUACCUGGAGAGGGGCAAGCUGUUCUACACUUUCUGCGGGACAAUUGAGUACUGUGCACCCGAGGUCCUUCUGGGGAACCCUUACCGAGGACCAGAGCUCGAAAUGUGGUCUCUGGGAGUCACGCUGUACACCCUGAUCUUUGAGGAGAACCCCUUCUGCGAGCUGGAGGAGACUGUGGAGGCUGCCAUACAUCCACCAUACCUAGUGUCUGCAGAGCUCAUGAGCCUGGUGUCUGGCCUGCUGCAGCCAGCCCCUGAGCAGCGCACCACCCUGGAGAAGCUGGUGAUAGAUCCGUGGGUGACACAGCCUGUGAACCUUGCAGACUACACGUGGGAAGAGGUGUGUCGCGUAAACAAGCCAGAAAGCGGGGUUCUGUCCACUGCAAGUCUGGAAACGGGGAGCAAGAGCUUGAGUGAAGCAGCCCAGGAGCUUUGAGGGGCUCCUGCCCAGGGGAGCCCCUGCUGGCCAGUCUGUGUGCAUCAUGGGGACCCUCCCCCUUGACUGAGUGAGCCUUUCUCUACUCAGUUAGGAAAGUCACAUGAUUCUCAGGCCCCAUCCAUUUGGAGAAGGUAAAUUCUCAAGAACUUUCACUUUCUAAAAACUCAGGUGCGCGUUUGAUAAAUACUAGAACAAAAGCCAGUGAUACUGUAUUAUUUUAGGUUUAUAAAAUAUUCUGGAAAUUCACUUUUUCAUGACCUUGAAGAAAAAACAUUCCAGUGUUCAAUUGCUUGAUACUAUUAAAAAGUUCUUGCUGUGUGAACUUCUG